AUGGCUACAACAACAACAACGAUAACGACGACGACAGAAACGACGGAGAAGAGCAGUUGGCGAGAGAACAAGGCAUUGGUGUGGCUCUGGACAGGAGUCGAGUUUGUGGCGGCGCAGUGGCUGCUCAUUGGAUUUGGCGUGGCCUGUGUAUUGGGGUGUUUCUUCCCGCAUGUCGCCGAACAUGGGGGCAUCAUCCGAUCAGAGUACAGCGUCUUGUACGGCGCAGUAGCACUCAUCUUUCUCAUCAACGGACUGCAGCUCCCUCCUGAGAAGCUCAAGCAGAACCUCACAAACUGGCGGCUGCACGUCAUGGUUCAAGGAUGCAGCUUCAUCAUCAUCCCCGUCAUCAUGCUCAUCUUCAUCCACAUCUGCCUCGCAGCAGGCGCCCUCCGCCACGGCACGCCCUCCACGCCCAUCAUCCUCGGCAUGCUCGCCACAGCCUGCCUCCCGACGACCAUCGCCUCCAACGUGGUCAUGACGCGCUCCGCCGGCGGCGACGAGGCCGCGGCCGUCAUCUCCGUCGUCAUCGGCAACACGGCCGGCUCGUUCCUCACGCCCAUUCUCAUCUACGGCUUCAUCCCGCGCGACGGCGUCUUUGACGACUGGCGGCCCGCGGACCCGAGGACUCUGGGGGACAUGUAUGCUAAUGUGGCCAAGCAGUUGGGGUUGAGCGUGUUGUUGCCGCUGGCGGUGGGUCAGGGAGUGAGGUGGUGGAGGGGGGAUGUCGUUGCCAAGGUGUUGAGGGUGACAAUGCUGGGAAAGCUGCCGACAGUUUGCCUGAUAUUGCUCGUAUGGACGACCUUUUCUGGCGCCUUCGGCACGGGCGCCCUCUAUAAGCUGUCCAAAGCAGACGUCAUCUUCAACGUCUUCAUCAACAUCGGGCUCUACAUCAUCUUUACCCUCAUCUGCUUCUACCUCGCCCGUCCGCCCGCAUUCCUCGCAAGGGCUAUCAACCCGCCCGUUGCGGCAUCUCGUCUGCCGGAGCGUGUGAAACGCAUCGUCUCUGUGAAGAAGAUGUCCAAGGAGCAGACCAUCGCCGUGUGCUUCUGCGGCGCAGCCAAGACGACGAGCUUGGGUAUACCGUUGGUGACGGCCAUAUGGACCCAGGCGGAUGAUUUGACGAGGGCUUUUAUUACGAUUCCUGUUUUGCUAUAUACGAUUGAGCAGGUUUUUAUGGCUCAAGGCUUGGUCUACUUUUUCAAGUGGUAUCUGCGGAGGGAUAACAAACCUGGUCCUAGAGAUGUAGAAGAUGUGGACAACGAAGAGCAUCCUACGUCCACGGCUCGGGGAGAUCACGAAAGUGAUGUGACGGCUCAUGAUGAUGACACUGAAGAGGUGGGACAAGACCCAGCGGUGAGAAAUGAAGAAAAGGGGGCUAUGAAGAGCGGUUAA